AGUCAAUUAUUUCUUUUGGGAUUCUUGGGUUACAGAGAUAGUAGAGACGAAUUUAGUUGCUUUUUCGUUUCUUGUUCGCACACAUCGAUUCACAGAGAGAUUGAGAGAUGAGAGAGUAUUCACUCGGUUGAAGAAUCUAAAAUUGGCGACGGAAUUGCAGAAGAUAGAGAUCCAUGGGGGUCAGCGAUUAAGUCCGUCGUGUUUGCUUCAAGAAUUUGGCGAGUUCAGGGCUGGUAUAGAAUCAGGUUUCUUGCUACGUCGGAAUCUUAGGAAUCAUGGCUAACAAUCUUCAGAACGAGAUAGAUCCAGAUCUUGAGGGGAUCUUUGUACGGUCAGAAUUCGAAUGGUUGAAUCAGGGGGAUGUACAUAAUAUACUUGCUAAACGUGAAGACUUACCUACCUCUACCGUACCCAUCCAAUUCCCUGAACACGGGUUAUUCCUUUUUAACAUUGAUGAGCAGCUCGUGCUAGAUACUAUUCAGUGGGACAUGACCAAGUCUAAGGUAUGGCAUGGUCAAUACAUCAUCCGGUAUAAAGUUAACCAGUGCUUUUUAGUUGCCAUUGACGAGGGAGUCAGCACCACCUAUGAAAGACGAGCCUACAAAUGUGAAGAUCUCUAUGGGUCAUAUAGAUUGGUACACUAUAGAACUUAUUUCAUGAGCGGAAAUGAUUCAGAAGAUGAGAACAGUGGGGAUGAUACAGAGGAUUCACAUGGUGAAAACAUGGGAGAAAAUGAAACCAGUGAUGAUGAUGAUAGCAGCGAUGAAUCUGGCGGAGAUGAUGAUAGCAGCGAUGAUGAUGAUAGCGAUGAAUCUGGUGGAGAUGAUGAUAGCGAUGAAUCUGGCGGAGAUGAUGAUAUAGAAGCUAAUGGAGAUGCUCUUCCUCUUGCUAAUGGUUUUUGUUAAGGCCAGAUUAGGUGACAAAGAAAGCUGCAGGAUCUCCAGCAAAGCUAGGGGGGUAGUUAGAAUAAUACAUGUCAGCACAUUUAGCAGAAUGUUGUUUCCCCAAGUUAGUUGUUUCAAUUAAACUCUAAAACGAUUC